AUGAAGGGCCCCAAGGCUCGCAGCAGCAGCAGCGGCGUCGGCGGCGGCCGCGGCGGCCGCGGCGGCCGCGGUUUCGGUGCUGCCUCGCUCCUGCUCGCCGCCCUCGUCGCGCUGGCAUGGUUGCCUCUCUUCGCCUCGGCUCUGUCUCGACACGACGCCGGCAAGAUCGACUGGCAUGUGCCUCGGAUCGGAGUCCCACACGUCUCGUCGGACAGCGCGACCCAGUACCUCUCGCCCCGCUUCCAUCGCCUGAUUAAGCCGUGGCAGGACGUCAGGGACAAGGCCCAGACCGCCAUCUUUGUGGCCACCGAGAGCAACGCCGUCGGCGCCAUCAACCCGCGCAACGGCGCCCUCGUGUGGCGCCAGGUGCUCGACGAUGACGACGGCGUCAUCGCCUUUACGCAGCACUCUGACCACGCCCUCUCGAUCUCGGGUGCAGGAGGCGCAAACGUCCGCCUCUACCACGGACUCACCGGCCACGUAAUCUGGGAGGCAUCGCAGCACCACGUUCGCGAUGGCAUCCUCCCCGAGGCCGGCUCGCCCGGCGUCGACGCCGUCUUCCUCCCCUCGAACCACUCGACCAAGACCGACGGCGACGUGCUGACGCUCGCCAACGGCCGCACCGUCCGCCGUCUCGACGGCCGCUUCGGAAAGGAGGCCUGGAGGUGGGACCUUGACGACACUCAGGCCACCAAGAAGCUCGCCCGCCUCGUAGCCACGCCCGACAAGGUCUACGCCAUCGCCGUCUCCCGCUCCGCCAUCUCGGCCUCGUCCGCCGCCACCGUGUCCAAGAUCGUCGUCUACGCCCUCUCGCACGGCGGACAGCUGCUCAGCACCCACGAGAUCCAGUCCAACCUGCCCAACGGCUCCGCCGACCUCCUGUCCCUGCCCUGGAACCCGCGUCCCAACCUCCCGCCCAAUCCGGCCAGCGCCAGGCCCUACGUCGCCUGGCGCAAUGCCGACGGCACUGUCCGCGUGGCCCCGCUCGAUGCCGCUGCUGGCAAGGCCGCCCAGCCGCAGGUGCUCCACUCCAAGCGCCCCGCAGACUCGACCUUUGCCAGCAUCACCGACGUCGGCCUCGGUGACCGCGGCCUCUUUAUCGCCCAGCGCUCCGACGGCAUGGGCGAGGUGCUGCGCGUCGACGCCCGCGGCAAGUUGAACUCGAUGUGGGAGUUUGAGGAGGACGCCCACGACGCCGUCUACUCGGGCACCUACGACCGCGCCGGCCACGCCUACAUCAACCGCGUCUUUUUCUCGCGUGGCCAGCACCUGCUCAACUUCCAUACCUUCUGGGCCGACGCCCGCAACGGCGGCGAGGGCCAGGUGACCGGCUUCUCGUUCCAGUACGACCACGACCUGCACGGCAACGUGCUCGCCGCGCCCUUUGAGGCUUCGCCAGUGUCGCAGUACCAGCUGGUCACGCGCGCCACGCUCGUCACCUCGAGCGGCUCGAUCCGCAUGAUCCAGGAGGACAAGACGCAGUGGCUGCUCGAGGAAGGCCUCACCCAGAUCGCCGCCUCGCUCAUCGUCGACCUGCCGGAGCGCAAGCUCACCACGCUCAAGGGCGGUGCCGCCGCACUGGACCGCGAACGCUUCGUCGGUCGCCUGAUCCGCCACGUCAUUGCGCUGCAGGACCUGCCGUCGUACCUCGUCAACUUCGCACGGCGCUUCGCCAGCGGUGACUAUGGCGCCCUCGAGCCCGCGGCGGGCGGCGGCUCCGUUGGCGUGCCGGGCGAUGCCUCGUCGGCGGGCGCCGCCCCGUCGACGUCGGGCACCACGACCAUGGUCAAGUCCGGCAACAAGCCGGUCAAGGAGGUCAAGGCCGAAGACGAGAAGCCUACGUCGCUGGCGCCGCGCGUCGCGUCGGCCAACACGACCGCCACCCUCUAUCGUGACCCCUUCGGCUUCCGCAAGCUCGUCAUCGCCGCCACCACGCGCGGCAAGCUCUACGCCAUCGACACGAUCCGCAAGGAGACGUACGUGUGGGAAAAGAGCCUGGUCGGCUACGGCCAGGGCGAGGGCGAGCCGGAGCCCAAGGUCGACGUCAAGCUGCUGUCGCUGGUGCGUCCGCUCAGCUCCGACGGCCGCGGCCCGCUGAUCAGCAUCGUGGCCGAGAUCGAGCUCGAGGCGGGCAUCGUCGCCACGCGCGUGUUUGAGCUCGACCCGCUCACGGGCGAAUUUGCCGAGGGCAGCGAGGCCGGCGCCACCAUCUUCGUGGGGCGGGCGCUCGACGCCUUCCUGCUGCCCAUCGAGGACGCCGACAGCCGGCAGCAGGUGGUGGGCAUCGUCGACCGCGACCACCGGGUCCACCUCUUCCCCGAUACGCUGAGCGUAGCCCAGGCGUUCGAGCCGCUGGCCGAGUCGUUCUACUUUGCGCUCGCCAGCGGCGUCGAGAGCAAGCAACUGCUCACCGGCCAUGCGACCGAGGGCGGUGUCGUCAGCAGCGUCCACGCCUCGCAGCAGGUGUGGCAGCUGCCGCUCCCCGCGGGAGAGGCCAUCGUCUCGCGCAUUGCGCAGGUCAGCGAGCAUGUGGCCAGCCUGGGUCGGGUGCGCGGCGACCGAUCGACGCUCUACAAGUACCUCAACCCGCACGCCGAGCUGAUCACCACCGUCUCGCCCGCCACGGCGUCGGCGCACCUCUACCUGCUCGACACUGUGACCGGCUCGGUCGUCUUUGAGGUCGAGCUCGAGGGCAUCGAGCUGUCGCGCGGCGUCCAGGCGAGCUUUGUCGAAAACUGGAUCGUCUACUCGUACGCGGUGCGCACGGCCGACGAGGGCCUGCAGACGCGCAUGGUGUCGACGGAGCUGUACGAGCAGCCGGGCGCCGAGCAGACGUGGCUGUGGCGCGGCAACUUUUCGUCGUUUACCGGCGACUCGUCGAACCCGGGCAGCAACUCGACUGCGCCGCUGAGCUACGCGCAGACGUUCCUCUUUGCGCACGGCGUGCGUGCGCUGGGCAGCACGACGACCAAGUUUGGCAUCUCGCUCAAGAACCUGCUGGUGGCGACGGACCGCGACACGAUUGUCAGCGUGCCGCGCAAGCUGCUCGACCCGCGGCGGCCGCUGGGCAAGCCGAGCAAGAGCGAGGCCGAGGAGUACAUGGUGCCGUACGACCCGCUGAUCCCCAACGAGCCAAAGUGGACGCUGAGCCACGUCUUCCCCGUGGCCAAGCUGCAGCGGCUGCAGAGCGCGCCGGCGCUGCUCGAGAGCACCAGCCUGGUGCUCGCGUAUGGCCUCGACAUGUUCUGGACCCGCGACGCACCCAGCGGCCAGUUUGACGUGUUGCAAGAAACGUUCAACAAGCCGCAGCUGCUGCUGACGAUUGCUGGCCUGUCGGCGGGCAUUCUGGUGACGCGACCGAUUGUGCGCGGGCGGGCGCUGUCGGCGCGAUGGUCGAGCUGA